AUGCCGUCAACACCGCAGCCUGGAGCCAUUGCAGAGGAGAGGCGCAUCAGGGCUGUUUCGCGCCCGGAAUGUGGUGUGAAGUUUAGCUGUCUGCACACAUCUGUCCUCCAGCACGUCCGACCCCCAGCAGGCUGCAUCUAUCCUGGGUACGAAUCCACCCGCUUCCCCCCCUCCAGCCUCGAGAGCUCCAUGCUGGAACAGUGA